GGAGCUGAGCGGAGGACCAGGCGCCGCGGAGCGACGCAGAGAGGAGCUGAGCGGAGGACCAGGCGCCGCGGAGCGACGCAGAGAGGACCCUGCCGGCCGGCGGUGUGGAGAUAUUUGGAGUUGGCGGAUACUUGCGUCCACUUAUCCGGUCUCCCAAGGAAAACUCGCUCACUCCACAAACUUCGGCACAACACGAGCAGCCUCAUCUUCUGACCACUUUUCUAACACCCCUCGUUCAUAUAUUUCCAUUGAUAUCAUAUACUGUACACACCACGGCCUCAGAGUGAAGAUGAACGAGGAGAAACCCUCCGAGUCCGUGGAAACCGCCUCUCCCGAGGAGAACACCAUCCCCAAUGGGAAGGGCCCGGAGCCGGGGGAUGAGACCACGGCAUCGGCCAAAACGCAUUCCACAGAGGACACUGAGAAUUCCCACAGGAGCCAGGACACGGAGGCCAACCGUGCAGACAGCCAGGAGUUCCUAUCAAGCAUGGAGGGCAAGAAGACCACGCGCUUUACAGACUUUGAGGGGAAGACCUCCUUUGGGAUGUCAGUGUUCAACUUGGGAAACGCCAUCAUGGGAAGUGGAAUUCUGGGACUGGCGUAUGCCAUGGCCAACACCGGGGUCAUCCUAUUUUUGGUACUCCUAACGGUGGUGGCGGGCCUCUCGUCGUACUCCAUCCAUUUGCUGCUGAAGUCGUCCGGAAUUGUAGGUAUCCGUGCUUAUGAGCAGCUGGGCUACAGGGCCUUUGGGACGCCAGGCAAGAUGGCUGCAGGCAUUGCCAUCACACUACAGAACAUUGGAGCCAUGUCCAGUUACCUGUACAUAGUCAAGUAUGAGUUUCCUCUGGUCAUUCAGGCCUUCCUCAAGGUGGACAAGCCUGCAGGUGAAUGGUACAUGAAUGGGAACUACCUGGUGAUCAUCGUGUCGAUAGCAGUGAUCCUUCCUCUGGCUCUGAUGAAGCAGCUGGGGUACUUGGGAUACACCAGUGGCUUCUCCCUCAGCUGCAUGGUCUUCUUCCUCAUCGCAGUCAUCUACAAGAAGUUUGCUAUUCCCUGUCCGUUUGUGGACUUUGCUUUCAACGGCACCGCCAUCAGCACGAACUUAAGUGCUGUGGAUUCAGGCGGGGAAGACAAUCCGGCCUGUGUUCCCAAACUAGUCAACCUCAACUCACAGACGGCCUACACCAUCCCCAUCCUGGCGUUCGCCUUUGUGUGCCACCCCGAGGUCCUGCCCAUCUACACAGAGCUGCGCAACCCCACCAAGAAAAAGAUGCAGCAUGUGUCCAACAUCUCCAUUGCCGUCAUGUACACCAUGUACUUCCUGGCCGCUCUUUUUGGAUACCUGACUUUCUAUGGUGAGGUGGAGGCCGAGCUGCUCCACACCUACAGCCGUAUCGACCCGUACGACACGCUGAUUUUGUGCGUUCGCGUGGCUGUCCUCACCGCCGUCACCCUCACUGUGCCCAUUGUGCUCUUUCCCGUGCGCAGAGCCAUCCAGCAGAUGCUGUUCCCCAACAAGACCUUCUUCUGGCCCCGCCACAUCGCCAUCGCCCUCGUUCUGCUCUCCUUCAUCAACCUGCUCGUCAUCUUCGCUCCAAACAUCCUGGGAAUCUUCGGCAUCAUCGGCGCUACGUCCGCCCCGUGUCUCAUAUUCAUCUUUCCAGCCAUCUUCUACAUCCGCAUUGUGCCCAAAGAAGAGGAGCCUAUGCGCUCUACCCCCAAAAUCCUGGCCGCCUGCUUUGCUGGGAUAGGCUUCCUGUUCAUGAUCAUGAGUCUCAGCUUUAUCGUCAUCGACUGGACAUCAGGGGGCGGCAAAGCCAGCAGUGGUCACUAGGUCCCGCUCUGUGUACUUCUUCAGGUUUUUAUAUUGUCAGUUUAGAUUUGUAUGUAUGUGAAAUGCUUUUUUUUUUUUUUUGUUGUUUCAAACGGUAUUUGGUGUUGACGAUGCCCUGUCUCAUCCCGUAGAAAGCACUGGCCACAGAGCAGGAGGGCUCUCCCUCUGGAGUAGCUCCACCUCUGAGGGCGUGGUGUUGUAGGUCCAGUCAAACUGUCAGCAACGUCCAGGCCCGUAGACUCUCUAAAGGAGUUGAUGUUGCGUCCCUGAGCGGUGGUCCAGGUGCACAGAGA